CAACACAAUACCCCGCUGUAUUGUGCGUUUAAGACGUUCAACUGCAUGUCUUAAGCCUUCACUGAACUGCCGAACAAUCCGCGACAUUUACAAGCGGGAGCGCUUCAUGGUAGACAUUGGCACCGCACUACAAUAUAGAUGGAAUUGUAAUAAUGGAAUACCACUGGGUACUGUUUUCUGUCUUGAUACAGUUAUCCUUCCAAACAGGCAGCGCCAGACCCACCAUCACCCCCAGAGGCCUCCACCUGGUCAUUCCACUCAACGCCCCCCUCAGCCUGCUUUGCCAGGGUGACCAGGUGGUGCAAUGGCAGCGGGAGGACCGUCCCAAGCUGAGGGGUGAGGAGCGGACUAAUGGGGCGUCCAUCCUGAAAAUCCCCAGAGCUCAGCCUGGCCACAUGGGCCGAUACAUCUGUCUGGAGGAGAGAACCGGAGAGCAGAGCUCUGUCUACGUCUACGUCAAAGAUCCUGAUAAUGCCUUUAGAAAGACCAUAGUGUUCAGUAUCCUGACUCGUGCGGGAGACAGUGCCUCCAUCCCCUGCCUAGCAACCGACCCGGGAGUGGUCAACCUGCGCCUGGAGCCGUGCCAUGGCAGUGCCCUCCCUAAUGGUCUCCACUAUGCUGCCAGCCUGGAGCGGGGCAUAGUUAUCUAUGACACUAAGAAGGCCUUUGAGGGCUGUUACAUCUGCACUGGCAGACUGGGCGGUGCCCUCGUUAAAUCACACAACUAUGAUCUGACUGUGCGACCAGUCCCAGAUGUGCCUCCUAUGAUUGAGAUGCAGGGGCCCAAGAGGGUGGUCCUGACGCGGGGCCAGAAUCUCACCCUGACCUGCAGCACCACCAACGUCAACGGAGACAUCAAGCUGAAGUGGGCCGCUCCGCCCGGCAAGGAUGCCGUGUGGGCUUCGUCUCCACAGCAACCGGCAGUGGAGAAUGGCUCACGCAUCCUGACUGAGCCCAUCACACACGUCCGCAGCGCUACACUCCAUAUCAACUCUGUCGGGACACAGGAUUCUGGGAGAUAUCGAUGUGAGGGUCAGAAUGAGAAGGGGAUCAGCUCUGAGUCAAUCUGGCUGGACGUCUAUGAUAGAGGUUUCAUCAACCUGGCUCCGUCAGAUAACAGUACUGUGCGUGUGCGUGCUGGGGAGAGUCUGUCCCUGCGUGUGGACAUGGAGGCCUAUCCCAAACCACACACCUUCUCCUGGAGCUUCUCAGGCCAGCAGUUGAGGAACACCUCCGACUUUGUCAUCACCACACAGAACCACCAACACAGGUACAACAGUGAGCUCAGGCUGGUGCGUUUGAAAAUGUCAGAGAGUGGAGUCUACACCUUUUAUGCCUCCAAUGAUGAUGCAACAAUCAAUCAGUCAUUUUCGGUCUACGUUAUCAGUAAACCAGAGAUUGUAUCUCAUGAUGGCCCAGUAAAUGGACAGGUGCGAUGUGUAGCUGAGGGAUACCCCGCCCCACAGAUCACCUGGUACUACUGCGAACAGCCUUAUAUGAGGUGCUCCCACCAGAUGAACGCCACUCAGGAGGAGCAGGACAUUGUCACGGUGACGUUGUUGAGUCCUUCCUUUGGGAAGACGGAGGUGGAGAGCAGGCUGAACAUCACCACGGGAAGAUUCCACACGCUGGAGUGUGUGGCCACCGUGGAGGGAGAGCAGGACUACACACUGUUCUCUAUCAGUGAGAGAACAGUUACCCAUGAGCUCUUCACCCCUCUGCUGAUUGGAAUAGUGUCAGCAACCACCCUCCUCACCCUCAUCCUCAUAGUGCUCUUCUACAAGUACCUGCAGAAACCCAAAUACCAGAUCCAGUGGAAAGUCAUUGAAGGUAUCCACGGAAACAACUAUGUGUAUAUUGACCCUACCCAGCUCCCAUACGACCACCAGUGGGAGUUCCCCCGGGACAAACUGCGUUUUGGGAAAACUCUGGGCUCUGGAGCCUUCGGGAAGGUAGUGGAGGCUACUGCUUAUGGAAUGUCCAAAGCUGAUACAGUGAUGACAGUGGCGGUCAAAAUGCUCAAACCCAGUGCCCAUGCCACAGAGAAGGAGGCUCUGAUGUCAGAGCUGAAAGUUCUCAGUUACCUGGGAAACCACAUGAACAUUGUCAACCUGCUGGGAGCCUGUACUGUUGGAGGCCCAACCCUGGUGAUCACAGAGUAUUGCUGCUUCGGUGACCUCCUCAACUUUCUGAGGAGGAAGAGGGAGACGUUCUUUUGCGCCAAGCUAGGGGAGGACUGCUACUACAGGAAUGUAAUGUUGCAGAGGGAGACAGCUACAGCUGGGUCAGAUGGAGACAGCAGGAAUGGCUACAUGGAUAUGAGGCCUUCUGUCGCUGGUGUCCUGCCCAAUGGCUUCUUCUCAGAGAAGAGACGCUCGAUACGCAAAGCAGGUGGUUCCAGUAGUGAGCCUGAUGUUGUGAGUGAGAUGCUCCAUGAGGACAGUCUCUCUCUGGACACUGAGGAUCUGCUCAGCUUCUCCUAUCAAGUGGCCAAAGGCAUGGACUUCCUGGCUUCCAAAAAUUGCAUCCACAGAGACCUGGCUGCCCGGAACAUUCUGCUGACCCAGGGGCGAGUGGCAAAGAUCUGUGACUUCGGCCUGGCCCGUGACAUCACUACAGACUCCAACUAUGUAGUCAAAGGCAAUGCUCGCCUCCCAGUCAAGUGGAUGUCUCCGGAGAGCAUCUUUGAGUGUGUGUACACAUUUGAGAGUGACGUGUGGUCCUAUGGCAUCUUGCUCUGGGAAAUCUUCUCACUCGGAAGCAGUCCAUAUCCUGGGAUGCCUGUGGACUCAAAGUUCUACAAAAUGAUUAAGGAAGGAUAUAGAAUGGAUGCACCAGAGUAUGCACCGAGUGAAAUGUAUGAGAUAAUGAAGUCGUGCUGGGACUCGAACCCCUUUAAGAGACACUCCUUCAGCAAGGUGGUGGAGAGGAUCGAACAACAGCUGUCAGACACCACCAAACACAUUUAUCUGAACUUCAGCUCCAGGUUUCCGGUUACAAUGGGGCAACAGGUUACCAGCGUGGACCAGGGGACCCAGAAUGCCAACGUCCUUCUUCUCAACUCUGUGGGCAGCAGCAACGCCUCCACUCAGCCCCUAUUGGCCAGCACCAGCGUUGACAUCUUUCUGGGGGAGACGGACACCGGGGUCAGGGUCCACCGGGUGUAAGGCCCCACCCACGAUGGCUGCCCCAUAAAGUGCCUGUUCAGUGCCGUCCCAAACACCCCACCACACCCUAUCCCAACCAUAUGUGUCUAGCUAUUAGCCAACCCCUCCCAACCAUAUGUCUAGCUAUUAGCCUCCCCCUUCAGACAGAGACUUAAAGAAGGAUCCUCUCGAAACCUCUGCUCCUGGCCCCCUUAGGGGGUACCAUUCCUAGGUCACUACUGUAUAUCAAUUUUGAUGUGCUGUUUGAAAUGGACACUAUAAUUUAUAGCUCCAUAGUAGUGCUAUUUUCAGUGGACUUUCUUCAAUGUUGCUGUUACCGUAUCUUAUGCGUUUCAUACAAUGUUUUUGUUUGUUUCACAUUUCCGUUGUCAAUGUUUUAAACUGAAUUACUAUGUUUAUUCGUUUUAAAUAUAGUUAUUUUUCUCAAAAUAAAUCAUGUAGCAUUUAUAAUGGUUGAAAGACAAUUAUCGUUGGAAGUGAAAGUACUUGAAAUUGAACAUUUUUCUAGAUGUCGGCAUCAUGUAAUGAAGCUUUCAGCUGACCUUUUUUCUGUUGCAUCUUUUAAGAGUUAAUGUUAGUAUUAUUCCUCACAUUCAGUUUUGGUGAUUAUGUGAAGGAGAGACAUUUCUAGGGCCAAUGGUUGAAAUGAUAUUCAGUAGGUUUAGUCUCAAAACGUCUCAAUCUAAUGAACCGAUAAGCAUGGUACUAUGACUUCAGCUUGUAGUUGACGUUCCUGUGUAUACAGUGAGGGAAAAAAGUAUUUGAUCCCCUGCUGAUUUUGUACGUUUGCCCACUG